AGAAUUUGAAAAUUAUGAAGAAUUUGGAGGAUUUGAAAAUUAUGAAGAAUUCGAACGUAAUGAAGAAAGCAAUCAUGAAGAAAAUAAUAAUUUUAGUGAAAGCAUAACUUACUGUAAUGUAUCUUCUGAAGAAGAUACAGAUAUAGAUGUCGAUGAUAAAGCUGAUAACCAAGAUGAAGAUGAUGCAGACGAUAACUCUAUGUUAAAUGAAGAAACUAACCUAGUUAAUAUAAAUAACCAAGAAGAACUUGAAAUAUCAAAUAAUUUAUUGGUAUACUCUGCUGUUAACCAAACUGCGAAAUGGUAUCUUUCUGAAAUUUUUACGGAUCAAGUGGAUAUUCCAAAUUUUUUAGAUAUCGAUACAUUAUAA